AUGGCCAACGAGCUGCUGGCCCACAUAUUCGGGCACGAGGGCGCGGCUGCCCGGCUGGCUGGCGAGUCGCAGUGGGAGGAGGAUGGGGCAGCCUUGGAGGAGGCAGACGAGCCUGGGCAGGGCAGUGGCGGCGACCCGGGGCUGGACAUGGACGCGUCGCCUGAGGAGGUGGUGCGCCGCAUCCAGAGCGCCACCCUCUGGUUUGUCAGCCAGCUGUGCCAGGGGCAGCUGCCCGACAUUGAGCCGGUGCAGCGCGACGCCGGCAACCGAGCGCUGGCUCAGAGUGCGGCGGGCGGGGAGGAUGAGGAGGGGGAGGUCGGCGGCGGGCCGCACGUGCUGCGCAUGCAGCAGCUGACGCAGCGCCGGUCGCUGGUGGGGCGGCACCCGGAGAGCGCCGAGGCGGUGGCGCGCCUGUGGGUGCUGCUGGAGGCGGUGCACGAGAUGCUGCUGGCGGGGCUGCAGGCCACCCAGCGGGAGCUGUGGUACCGCUUCAAGACUCUCGAGGUCUUCCGCUCGCCGCGGGACGUGGGCGAGGCGAUCCAGGAUGCGGUGGGCAUGCUGCAAGUGCCACGCUCCGCGCUGGGCAUCACCGCCAGCAGCAAAGGCCUGGUGGCGGGGCGGCUGGUGGUGCACGACCAGCGGGCGGGCACCGAGACCGACUGCGCGGCGCUGGGCGGCGCGGGCAUGCAGAUCCCGGGAGACAUCGCCCACAUCUCCCGCCACUACGCCUACCAGAGCGAUGCGCAGCUGGUGGUGGUGGUGGAGAAGGACGCCGUGUUUCAGCGCCUGGUGCAGCAGCGCUUCUUCGACGCCGUGCCCUGCAUCCUGGCCACCGGCAAGGGCGUGCCUGACCUGGCAACCAGGGCCUUCCUCAGCGGCCUGUCUGAGGCCUUCCCCGAUCUGCCGCUGGUGGGGCUGGUGGACUGGAACCCGGCGGGGGCCAACAUCCUAUGCGUGUACCGUUUUGGCAGCGCGCGCAUGGGGGAGUCGCAGCACUACGCGCUGCGCACGCUGGGCUGGCUGGGCGCGCGCUCCAGCCAGCUGCAGCAAGCGGAUGCGGGCGCUUUCCAGGAGCUGACGGCGCGCGACCGGUCCAUGGCCGCCAACCUGUCGGCGGUGCUGCGCGGCGCCGCCCCCGAGUGGGCGGCGGAGCUGGGGCGCAUGCUGUCCAGCGGCAGCAAGGCGGAGAUAGAGGCGCUGGAGACGGGGGAGGGCGGCGCUGACCUGGCCGACCUGCUGGUGGGCUACCUUGAGCGGGGGGACUGCAUCUGA